AAGAAUUCGUUCUGCUUUAUCUUCUGUUGUGAAGCGUUGUUAGUUAAGACACAGAACGCACCGGUCUGUUGUGGAGUGGAUCUUUUAUAUCUCCAUAGUGAAUGAUUCUUUUAGGAGAGUGCAACUAUUAAAUACCGUGUGAAUAUUUUUUUUCAAGAACACUUUGAAAGGUACAGUUAACCAGUUUUAAUUUGUUUGAUGAAACCUGACGAUUUCCCAGACGCGGGGAGACUGUUUGGGUUGACAACAGAACGCUACUGAACGCCGCCGUGAAACUUGACCAAGAGAGUCUGCGAGAGAGCGAAUGACAAACACUUGUCAGUUUGUGUUGAUAUUUGUGGUCAGUGACGGUCAUUUUGACGGUGAUAUGUCGAACCAACCCUUUCGUGACUGUUGGAAGCAAUGCAGACUGGUGUCCAUGGAGUUGCCUUAACAUAAAGAGGAUAGUAUAUCGAUUUGUGUUAAUUGCGGGGAGGGUGAAGGAGGCCCUUCUUCAGCCCUGCCAUAGGUCCUAUAGCCUAUAGUAUCCUUCGCCUAGGUAGCCUUUCAGCUCUCGCGUAGCCUCCUAUCCCCUUAUAUCUAUAUAGCUUGAGGCGCUGCAUCACUAACAAGGUAGCUAUUAUGGUACUAGUAGACAGUACUGCCCAAACAGAUUCACUGGAAGCACUGCUAGGAGACAGCGAAGGUGGGAAGGGCGACAGCUCCAGACGGAGGCAGAGUUGGGGGGUCGAGGUCGGUGGCCACCAUAGCGAAGGGGCGUCUGGCUCGAAAGAGAUUUGGAUGAGGAAGCGGAUGAAGAAAUGUCUGUGCAUGCUUUUCUUCUUGAUUCUCCUGGGGGUGGCCGGCGUCGUCUACUUCGGGUACUUCUGCCCCGAGACGGUCUGCGCGCUGAGCUUCUCGCCAUUGCAGAGGAGGUACAAGAUGAAGUACAUCAAAGACGGCAUCAAUCAGUUUCACAUCGGGACCGACGAGGCCGGGAAGCCGCUCAGCAACUCGGCUCGGUCUGCGACGGGGCCCUCGUUCGAAGAGGUCACCGGACACGACUUCCAGUUUGACAUCAGGGGGCACGACGUGAUCGUCUUCCUACACAUCCAGAAGACCGGAGGGACAACGUUUGGGAGGCAUUUGGUUGAUGAUCUUGAUCUGGACAGACACUGUGAAUGCCACAGAAAGAUUAGAAAGCGAUGCACUUGCCUGAGACCGGGGCCGCAUUCGGAUGAGACGUGGCUUUUCUCAAGACACUCGACUGGAUGGAAAUGCGGCCUUCAUGCUGACUGGACAGAGCUUACGAGUUGCGUUGACGACAUGAUGGACAGGAUCGAAGACAAUUCAGUCGAGAGACGGUACUUUUAUAUAACCUUCCUACGGGAUCCAGUUCACCGUUAUCUCAGUGAAUUUAAGCAUGUACGAAGAGGUGCUACAUGGAAGACAGCUCGUUUGUUGUGUGAAGGAAGGCCCCCUACUAGGGAAGAAGUUCCCUUAUGCUACAAAGGUGACACAUGGGAAAAUGUUACCUUAGAAGAGUUCAUGGCUUGUAGCAGCAAUCUGGCAAAUAACCGUCAAACUAGGAUGCUGGCAGAUCUUUCUUUAGUGGGAUGUUACAACACAUCAUUUUUGGAUCCAGAAGAUAGAGGGAAAAUGCUGCUGAUUUCAGCCAAAAAUAAUUUGAAGAAGAUGGCCUUCUUUGGUCUAACAGAAGAUCAGGAAAUAAGUCAGUAUAUAUUUGAGGAAACAUUUAAUCUCAAAUUUCGUGUACGUUUUGAGCAGCACAACCAGACCAUAUCAGAUCAGGCUUUGCAUAAAGUAGAUCCAGAGACUUUGAGACGCAUUGAAGAGAUCAACUACUUGGAUGUACAGCUCUACAAAUUUGCAAAGCAGCUCCUGCAGAAUCGUUUUAAAGUCAUGUCUGAGCAGGACCCUCACUUCAAGGAACACUUUGAAAAUAUGGGCCGUAGUCAGUUUUCAUGGUCUGAAAUUGAGAAUAGUACAUAAUGAAAGUUACAUAUUGAAUAAUGCUUUAGAAGGACUUCCAGACUGA